AUGGAAGUGGCAGCGCUUGGCCGGGCUUUCUGCCUCGGGAUGCUGUAUGACUGCCGCAGAGACUCACUGGUGCCUGGAAUGACAUUCUGGAACCAUGAUGACCUGAUAACACAUAUACGAGAAAGAUCACUGAAGGGGAAGGAUUUUGAGAUAGUUGCAUCUGAAUCAAUUGAGGAUAAAUCUUCAGCACUAAAUGUUGAAGCCUCUCUGAAAGCAAGCUUCUUGAGUGGACCGGUAGAGGUGGAAGGAUCAGCCAAAUACCACAAGAAAUCCAAGAAUCAGGCCAGAGUAACACUGACGUACAAGACUACCACAAAGUUCCAGGAACUGUCAAUGAAUCAUCUUGGAAGAGGCAAUGUGAAGCAUCCGUAUGUUUUUGAUAAAGGAUUAGCAACACAUGUAGUCACAGCUGUUCUUUAUGGGGCGCAAGCCUUCUUUGUGUUUGAUCGUGAGGUGUCAGAAAAGGAAGAUCAUCAAGACAUUCAGGGCAACUUGAGCGUGAUGAUCAAGAAGAUCCCGUGCCUUUCUAUAGAGGGUGAAGGUUCCCUGAAACUGGAAGACAAGGACAGAGGAAAUGUUGAGAAAUUCUGCUGCAAAUUUCAUGGAGACUUUUCCCUUCAGAAACCUCCAACAUCCUUUCAGGAUGCCAUACAAGUCUAUCAAAGCCUGCCAAAAUUGUUGGGAUCCAAUGGAGAAAACGCUGUACCGGUAAAAGUCUGGCUGUUGCCAUUGGCAAGUUUGGAUUCUUCUGCUGCUCAACUCGUUCGUCAGAUAAGUAUAAGAUUAGUUCAGGAAUCACAGAGAGUCCUGGAGGAUUUAAUUGAACUAGAAAUGAGGUGCAACGAUGCAAUGAGAACAACAACUGCACAGCAGUUCCCACAGAUUGGCAAAAAAAUUAAAAGUUUUAAAGAAAUGUGCUCCGAGUUCAAGCUAGAAUUCCAACGAACCUUAUCAAAGAAACUUCCAUCAAUCCGGGGAGGAGGUGAAGAGGAGGCUGUGCUCGCAGAGAUCCUGAUGAAGAGACAUUCUUCUCCUUUCAACAGCAAAAAGCUGAACGAGUGGAUGGACUGUAAAGAGAGAGAAAUCUACAUUUUAAAAUCUUUCACCAAUUUGAUGAAAAACACAAAGAUCAUCCCUUCUCAGAAUGGUCUUCAUGGGGAAACUCUCAGUGCAGAGUGUGUUGUGUGUUUUGUUUUCACUUCACUGGGAAGUGCUGAACCGUACCUCUCAGCUUUAUCAAACUGCUUAAAAGGAACAACCAAACCAGACGACCCUCAAGAUCUACAUAUCUAUGAUGUAGAGAAGGAACAAUGGUACCUUUCAAAUGAAGUACCUGAUACAAUGAGGCAUAAAGCAAAGCUCUUCAGUGAUUUUGCAGAGGCCAACAAGGAAAACAAGAACAUUAAGUUCCUGACAGUGGGUCUGACAAAUGAGACACAGAAAGGUUCAAGCAUUUACCUUUAUAAAGACUGCUUUUCUGUCAGUGAGAACUUUGAGCCUCCUUCAAAGCCUGAAACUGUGACAGUCAGUGACAUAAACCACAACAGUGUGACACUGAAGAUUUCUCCACCCAGAUUUGGAGCAAAGGAUGUCACCUCCUACUCCGUUGAGUACUGCGUCAGUGGAGAGGAUGGAUGGCAAGAAAAGACAGCAUCAAAGGCUGAAGAAGUCACAGUGAGCGAUCUGAGUCCUAACACAGAGUAUGUGUUCAGAUGCAGAGCAGUGACCUCAGUAGGUGUUGGGCCAGCCAAUGAAGUCAGUGGUUCCAGUAAAACAUUGCCUUGCAGCCCUCCUGGAAAAUUUCAAGUUGAACCAAACUCAAGUGAGAUAUCAGCUAGCUGGCAGAAACCUGCUGAGCUUGGACGCGAUGUCCAGGUUUUGAGCUACAUGGUGGAGUACGCCCAAAGAGACAAAGGGUUGAAAAACAAAGAUCUCCAAUGGAAACAAACAAUGUCAAGAGCUGAAAAGGUGGUGAUUUCAGGGCUUCAGUCAGAGACAGAAUAUGUUGUCAGGGUCAGAUGUGAUUGUGGUGUGGCUGGCGGAAGCAAGGAAAGCAUCACUGUUGAUGUCUGCACAACAAAAUGUGAAUUUGCUCGCCUUGCAGAAUUCCUGAAACAUAUUAGCAUGAAUUUGCAUUCUGAAUCCCCCUCACUUUACCAGUUGCCACUGGAAGAAAAAGAUAUGGACAGAGAUGGAUGCCGGAGGUAUAAAUUUGGCAAAAUCAGGCUCAAGGAAACGACUUAA